AAUUCAAGAGACCGUAUUCAUUUUAUUUUGCUAUUUAUACAAUAUUAUGAUUUGCAAGUGCAGAUUAUUGCUGCACGAGCAGACGCUGCUGAGACAAAAGUGCUUUUUUGUAUGCUUACAACUUUUUUGGAGAUUGCACGCAAUUUUCUUUUAGUUAUAAAAGAAUAUAGGGCAAAAAGAAAAAGUCCACUUAUUUGGAGAAAGGAACGAACGAGCUUAUUUUGGGAAAAGGAGUGCCAAGAAUGUAGCGAUUUAGAUUUCAAGAACAUCUUCCGCUUGGAAAGGCGGUCCUUCUUCGAAUUGUGUGACAUUUUGAAAGGUAUCGGAAAAGAAGAUACCAAUUACCGCAAGGCUAUUACCCUUGAAAAGCGUAUCGCUAUUGCGCUAUAUGCACUUGGUUCCUCUGCAGAGUACCGAACAGUUGCAAGUUUGUUCGGUGUGUCCAAUUCUAGCGUAUGCAGAAUUGUUAGAGAAUUUUGUGCUGCGGUUUGGAAUGCUUUGAAACCUAAUUAUCUGAAUUAUUUUCCAUUAACUGAGACGGUGGCUCAGACUAUUGUAAAUGAUUUUAACAAUAUGGGAUUUCCACAAUGCAUUGGAGCGUUAGAUGGAUGUCAUAUUGAAGUCAAACCAAAAAAAGAGGACGCUGUGGAUUACUACAACUAUAAAGGAUGGUAUUCUGUGGUGCUGUUGGCUUUAGUUGACUCAAGGUAUAGGUUUCUAUAUAUAAAUGUUGGCAGUCCAGGAAGAUGCAACGACUCUGGAAUUUAUGAAAGAUCCUCAUUAAAAGCAGAACUAUUGCGUUGCAAGUUGCUUUAUGAUCAACGGAAAUCUUUUAACAAUGUGGAAAUCCCAUUAGUUAUUAUAGCAGACUCAGCUUUUCGUUUGUCGCGCAACGUUCUUAAGCCGUUUCCAUUUAAUGUGGAAAAUACAACUGCACAACGCGAAUUCAACUACCGCCUUUCUCGUUGCCGCAGGGUUGUUGAAAAUGCAUUUGGCCAUUUGAAGGCCAGAUUUCGACGCAUUGGAAAAGGGUUGGAUAAUCGUAUCGAUAAUACAAACGCUAUAAUAAAAGCGUGCUGCGUACUUCACAACUUUUUGAUUUCACAGAGAGAUUAUAUUACCGACACCUGGCUUCCUGAUCCUGGCUCCAUGACUGAAGAGCAAAGUAGAGUUGUUCCACUGAACGAAAGAAGACUUAACCUAGGAGACUGCUACCGAAACGCUUUAAGCCAACACUUUGCCCAAGACCCAAUUCAGUCUUCAAUUUAAACAUUAAAUACAU